GCAAUAUUCCCUAGUUCAUUGCGUCUUCGUCACUCUGCCAACAGUCAGAGUGUUCAUACACCCCUUUCGAAAAAGCAAUCUCUUCAUCUUACUAAUUUAACAUCCAUAAACAAAGAAAACCCGAUCACCCAGAUCUAAAACCAUCUCAACCGUCCGAUCAACUCUGAAAAAAUGGCCGACUCCGACUCGGCUCCGACCAAGUUCAGCACCAGCAUCCACAUAACAGCUCUCGAUGGAAUCGUCAACGUCAACUCACUCUUCACCUUAGCCGUCUUCAUCGGCUUGGCUUGGAACCCCUACGACUCCUCCAACUGGCUCAUCGCCGAUCAAUCCUGCGCCGCCACCCCCAAAAUCGCGGAGGACCUCGUCACCUUCCACGUCUACUCCUUCAGCUCCUUCCUCUUCUCCAGCCUCGUCGCCUUGGGCAUCAAACAAGCCAUUCGGAUCUCCAAUUCGGGUAACCAAACCCGGAACCACCGCUCCUACCACAUCAGUGACCUCACAUUCGAUCUGGGUCAAAUCAAUCGGGGCGUUCUUCGGGUCGGGUACUUGGUUUCGGCUGCGGGUUCGGUUUGCGGGUGUGUUUUCCUCAUGUUGGCUUUGGUCAACGUGGUGCAGAUCAAGCUUGGGACGUUGGCUUGUGGGAGCUCUCAUAGCUAUGGAGCUGUCGUUCCUCUCGUGAUCUUGGUUCCCUCUGCUCUUGUCAUCUAUGUUUGUGCUGUUUUGUAUGCUUUUACUCGCUAGGGUUUCUUCUGGGUUUUGUUGAUAGGGUCGGAUUUUGGAUUUAAAAAGCGAUUUGUUUGAAUUGAGAAUGUCGUGUUAAUGGAAUUAGAUAUUUCUGUUUUAAUCCAAAUUUGAGUCCCAAUCUGCUGGUAUAUGUGAAAUUGUAUAUAUUUGAAUCUAUGGAGAGAGAUGCAUUUUGUUUUAA